AUGACUCUUUACAAUGACGAUGUGAACAGGAUCCUGGAUUAUCUUACAAGAAAUGACCACGAUCUUCAACAAGUGAAUAAGAACCCAAUUAAAAUGGAUACAUUUCAACAGGACGGUCUAAUGUCGGACUCCUGGCCGACGUCCGAUGACCUCCUGGAGAACAUAUUCUCCUUGGAGCAGGGAUCGCUGAACUUCCUUGAGGAUGCCAUACCUGACUUCAACCUAUGCGAGAAUGUGUCACAACCCUCAGAAGCCAUCAGCAGCUCUUGCUCAGACAGCGGACUCUCCAGUGACCCGGCUGAAUUUGACUUCGAACAACAACUCUCUCCAUUCUUGAUACAAAACUCGUGCGAUGAGGAUGCAGGAACAUCCCCCGUUGGCCUGGAGCCGACCAGCCCCGGCAAUGUCCAGGAUGUCAUCAUCCAGGACACCAGUGAUGUCUCCAAUUCCUCAACCGAAGUCGUCGAUGACACAUUCGAUAUGUUGAACUUUGAACAAAACAUUGUUCCUGGAUUCCUCAACAAAAAUACAUUCCAAAGUCCUGGUAAAGGCAACAGAAAGCGGCGUCUCUCUCAAACCCCACAAGUAGCGGUACAACCAAAAGUCCAGAAGCCCACGAUCAGAAUCCCGGCAAGUUCGACCACCACGCCGAAACCCCAGUUGGUGGUGAAGGCACAGCCCCAAAAGCCGGUUAAAGUGGCUAACAUCCAAGUAUUGAACCCCCAAACUAAGGUGUACUCCAAGCCCGUUGAAAGCGUAGCCCCGCAAAGACGAGUGAUCCGCGUUGCUCCAAUGGCCGGCAACCCUCGUUCUAUUCUCCUUCCAGUUACGAUAAAAGACAUGAAAGACCUGAAGUCUAUCAAGAUCAUCAAUGCUGCGGACUUGAAGAACGCUUCCAAUAUCAAACUGGCUGCCGCUAAUCUUUUAUCUCAGAGCAAAUUGCACGACUUGAAGGUCGAGGCCCGCGACUAUGACUACGAACACAAUGGAAACAACUGCGAUGACUCAGGUAGUGAACGUAGUGACGACGACGAUGACCACAAGGACGCUGUGCCAGACGGAAAGAACGGAUACCCCCGUCUCGUUCUAACAGCCGAGGAGCGACGAUUGUUGGCGAAGGAGGGCAUCACACUACCCACAAGCUAUCCUCUAACUAAACAUGAAGAGAGGGAAUUGAAAAGGAUUCGGCGUAAAAUCAGAAAUAAGAUCUCAGCGCAAGAUUCCCGUAAGAGAAAGAAGGAGUACGUUGACGGGCUUGAAGACAGAGUGAAACAGUGUACGGCGGAAAACCAGACGCUUAUUAGGAGGAUAAAGAUUCUUCAGUCACAGAAUCAGUCCCUUUCAGCGCAACUGAAGAGGUUACAGAACGUCCUAACAGGCGUCACAGGUGGCUCCACAAAUAAGUCAGCGCAACCAGCUACCUGCCUCCUAGUGUUGUUGCUCUCAGUAGCCCUGGUGGCUUUACCGUCAAUGCGCGAGGAGAUCAGGCCCAGAGCAUCUGACACGCCCGCCACCUCGCCCGCCGUCACACGAGCGCUUCUCUCAGCUUCAAAAAUGGCGCUCGAUGAGACAGUCAUAGAUGACGGGGAGUUCAACAUGGAUGAACUGAUCACGUUCAACCGCCCACACUCUGACCACGACUACCAGGUCGUGAAGAACACGGAGACGCACAAGGUGCUCGCCGGAGGCUACGUGGACUUGCCCAUCGAUGAGGACUGGCCCCCCAAUCUCAAGAAACGCAUGAAAAAACAGGACCUCGAUUACAACGACGGAGAAUACAUGCCACCUAUCGUCAAGGAAGAGAACUACGGACACUAUUACAAGAUAGAUACGAAGUUUAAAACUGAAGACGAUACUGACCUGAACAUUAACGACAACAAAGGCUUCCUCACCAAUACACUGAUAUCCACGGGCCGCAAGCUCGGAGAACUCCUCGACCUGCUCCCUCCCGGACCUGUUAAGACCGACGACCUCGUCAUCGAGGAGAUCUCAGACUACGAGUCCAGGAAUACCACUGACGUCAAAAGCUUCGUAGUCAACGGCACCCUGAGCGACUUCUAG